GCGUCCGUGUGAAUUCAGUCAAUCCUGGAUUUUUCCCGACUCGGGUUCUACGACACUUUGGCGAUGACCUGGAAAAGGUUAAUAGCUCUAUUGUUGCGUUAGAAGCUGACAAAGCUGUACUUCGUGGAAGAGUCGGAACUGUUGGGGACUUUGCACAAGCAGCGCUGUUUUUAGCUUCUGACGCCGCUGGAUUCAUUACUGGUGAACUCCUCAAAGUCGAUGGCGGUCGGAGUCAUGGCGGACAAUUCGUACUUCAAGCAAGUGAAAAAGUAACACGCAUGAAAAAACGUAUUAUAACAAGUAUAGGAAUUAAAAAGGAAAUGAUCGUAAAAAAUAUGGAUGAACAAUGA